CAUAUGUCUUAAUUUGUUAUUUUGUUUAAAAUUGUGUAUAUAAUAUUAAAUUUAUUAGAAAAAAUGACGAAUCUUCGAGAAAAGCAAAUAGGAGCUUUAAAACAAAUGAUAAAUUUAAAUGAUCCUGAAUUAAAGCCAGAAGGAGCAAUACCUGUUUGGAAAGUGUUAAUUUAUGAUCGCCUAGGGCAAGAUAUUAUAUCUCCAUUAAUAUCAAUAAAGGAACUUAGAGAACUUGGAGUUACUCUUCAUAUGCAAUUACAUACAGAUAGAGAUGCAAUACCUGAAGUUCCAGCAAUUUAUUUUUGUGCUCCAACUGAUGAAAAUAUUGUACGUAUUGGUCAAGAUUUACAAAAUAACUUGUAUGAUGUUUAUCACAUGAAUUUUAUAUCACCAAUAUUAAGACAUAGAAUGGAAGACUUAGCUACUGCUGCAUUGAUGGCUGGAGCAGUUGCUAAUAUUCAUAAAGUAUUUGACCAAUAUCUUGAUUUUAUUACAUUAGAAGAUGAUCUUUUCAUUUUACGUCAUCAACAUAGCGAUAUCAUUUCUUAUCAUGCCUUAAAUCGAGGAGAAAUAAAAGAUACCGAGAUGGAUCUAUUAAUGGAUAUUAUUGUAGACAGCCUUUUUUCAGUCUUUGUAACAUUAGGAACUGUACCUAUUAUUAGGUGUCCUAGAGGUAACGCUGCAGAAAUGGUCUCUAGAAAGCUUGAUACAAAAUUAAGAGAAAAUAUCUGGGACUCUAGAAAUACAUUAUUUCAAGGUGAAGGUAUUAGGACUAAUUAUUUCAGUUUUCAGAGACCAGUAAUGAUAAUUUUGGAUCGCAGUGUAGAUAUGGCAACUGCAUUUCAUCAUACAUGGACUUAUCAGGCACUAGCUCACGAUGUGUUGGAAUUAUCUCUAAAUAGACUUGUUGUGGAAGAGAGUGCAGGCAAGUCACCGACAGGAGGAGCACGUUCUAAGACCAGAGCCUGUGAACUUGAUAGUUCGGAUAAAUUUUGGUCAAUGCAUAAAGGUAGUCCCUUUCCUCGUGUUGCUGAAGCAAUUCAAGAGGAAUUAGAACAUUAUCGUUCUUUUGAACAGAAAGUAAAAAAGUUAAAAUCGUCUAUGGGUAUAGAUAAUGGGAGUGAUGCUGCAGUAUCAAUGGUUUCAGAUAACACAGCUAAGUUAACUAGUGCUAUAAACUCUUUACCCCAAUUGUUGGAAAUGAAACGCUUGAUUGAUAUGCAUACAACUGUAGCAACUGGUAUAUUGAAUUCGAUAAAAUUUCGCCGGUUAGAUACUUUUUUUGAACUUGAAGAAAAAAUUAUGAGUAAGCAAACGUUAGAUAGAAGUGUUUUAGAUGUAAUUAAUGAUCCAGAUUGUGGUGUACUUGAAGAUAAAUUACGUCUUUUUAUUAUUUACUAUCUUUGCAUAAAUUUAACUGAUGCUGAAUAUAAUAAACAUGAAGUAGCAUUACUGAACAUUGGGUGUGAUUUAAGUCCAUUAACGUAUCUUAAAAGAUGGAGAAAUUAUAUGAGAAUGACAGGUGUCCAAAACAGCUAUGAAGGUGGUGGUACAAAAACUGUUAGUAUGUUUUCUAAGUUAAUGAACCAAGGUUCUUCUUUUGUAAUGGAAGGUGUUAAAAAUCUUGUUAUUAAAAGACAUAAUUUACCUGUUACUAGAAUAGUUGAUGAACUAAUAGAAAUGAAACAAUCUUUACAAACUGAUGAUUAUUAUUACUUUGAUCCUAAACAAUUAAAACAUUCAGACCAAGUUCCUAAGAAUCGAACAGUAUUUCAAGAUGCAAUAGUUUUCAUUGUUGGAGGUGGUAAUUACAUAGAAUAUCAAAACUUAAUGGAUUAUGUGAAGCAAAAGAAUGGAGGUGUUACAAAUAAACGGAUUAUUUAUGGUUCAACUACACUUACAAAUGCCAGGCAAUUUCUUAAACAACUCUCUCUUUUGGGGCAAGAGACACAUUAAUUAUUUGUACAAGAUACAGUUAAAUAAAAAUUUUAAAGAUAUUUUUUAUGU